AUGCAUGACAUUUUGGAGGGAGUUGCUCAGUUAGAGGUGAAACUUGUGCUGCAGUACAUUCAGGAGAACUUCCUAAGUGCUGAACAACUUGCUGGUAGAAUACAUGCCUUUGAUUAUGGCUUCAAUCAGCAGCGAAAUCGCCCACCAAGGCCAAACAGUGGGCGCCCUGUGGCUGAAGGCAUCUCUGCGGGGACAUCCUCAGAGUCAAUAACCCCGCAAGACACAAGUGCCUACAUAAGAGUUGAUGGUGAUGGUGUACUGCAUCUGGUGCAGCCUCCUGUUGAGCCAGACCAACAUGCAGUUGAAAAUAAUGAAGAAACAUUGACAGCUGUUACAGAGGAGGAAGCAACAGAGACACUUUAUGAGAGUGAUGAUGGAAAUGCAGAGGAAGAGGGUCCAGCCACUUCUCCAACAAACCUUUCCUCACUCCCUGUAAAGCAGCUGUACAAGACCUAUUUGAUCAAGAAAAUAACAAAAUGCGACUUGGAAAUGGAACACUUCAAGCAGCAGAUCCAAAAGACCAAGAUUGAGAUUUUACUGCUGGAACAUCAGUUAAGGGUGGGUGAAGUGGUCAGAGAUGGACGAAUUAUUUCAGUGUUUGAACAACAUACUAAUAUACUUAUUAAUACUUUGUGUACAGGAAAUACAGGCGACCAAUAAAGCCAGUUGAACAAAAAAUCUGUUUAUUCUUCUUUCAACAUGUUGAGGUGAUGGG